AUGAAUGACUUCGAUCCCCCCUCAAAACCCCGUCGAUCAACAACACUCACCAGUCUGACCGUGGCGGGCUUUGGCUUCAGGACAAUCGGCAGACUGGUUGCAACCACUUCGAUCAUCCAAUCCCACUUCGAUCCUCCACCUCGAUCACGCCUCCCCUUCGGUCCUCCAUCCACUUCAAUCACAACCAGUCUGACCGUGGCGGGCUUCGGCUUCAGGGCAAUCGGCAGACUGGUUGCAACCACUUCGAUCAUCCAAUCCCACUUCGAUCCUCCACCUCGAUCACGCCUCCCCCUCGAUCCUCCAUCCACUUCAAUCACAACCAGUCUGACCGUGGCGGGCUUCAUAGCUUCAGGACAAUCGGCUGACUGGUGCAACCACUUCAAUCACUUCGAUCACACCCCCCUCGAAACCCCCGUCGAUCAACAACACUCACCACUUCAGGACAAUCGGCAGACUGGUGACAACCACUUCGGUCAUCCACCUCCACCAUCCAUCCCCCACCGCUUCAACUACUUCAAUCAUAACCAGUCUGACCGUGGCGGGCUUUGGCUUCAGGACAAUCGGCAGACUGGUGACAACCACUUCGAAUACAACCCCCUCCAUCACCCCCCUCGAUUCCUCCGUCGAUCAACAACACUCACUCACCAGUCUGACCGUGGCGGGCUCCGGCUUCAGGACAAUCGGCAGACUGGUGACAACAACUUCGAUCCUCCAUCCCACCUCGAUCCUCCACCUCGAUCACCCAAUUCAAUCCCGACUAGUCUGGCCGUGGCGGGCUCCGGCUUCAGGACAAUCGGCAGACUGGUGCAACCACUUCGAAUACCCCCCUCCAUGAAUGACCUCGAUCCCCCCUCAAAACCCCGUCGAUCAACAACACUCACCAGUCUGACCGUGGCGGGCUCCGGCUUCAGGACAAUCGGCAGACUGGUGACAACAACUUCGAUCCUUCAUCCCACUUCGAUCAUUCAUCCCUCCUUGAUCCUCCACGAUCCUCACAUCCUCAUUGACCACCCAAUUCAACCCCAACCAGUCUGA